CUCAGGUUUCCCGUCAUUCUCUCCAUCGAGGACCACUGCAGCAUUGUGCAGCAGAGGAACAUGGCGUCCCACUUCAAGAAGGUCUUCGGGGACAUGCUGCUGACCAAGCCGGUGGACGUGAACGCUGACCAACUGCCCUCGCCUGCCCAGCUCAGGAAGAAAAUCCUCAUCAAGCACAAGAAACUGGUUGAAGGGAACCUGUACGAAGAGGUCUCCAUGGCCAGCUAUUCUGAGAACGACAUCAGCAACUCCAUCAAGAAUGGCAUCCUUUACCUGGAGGAUCCGAUCGACCACACCUGGAGCCCGCACUAUUUUGUACUGACAAGCAACAAGAUCUAUUACUCAGAGGAGACUUCCCACUACCAGACCAAUGAAGACGAGGAAGAACCAGAACAGAAAGAAGUAUGUAUUGUCGAAGGCUUUCACGGCCGGAAUCACUGGGGUGCUGUGUGGUUUCCGGGCUGUAUGGCCGUGUUCUAGCAGCAUUCUCUCCUGACGUUUCGAAAGAAGUAUGUUUCCAUCCGAGAAGGGGUGUGGGAAGGGGAAGGCCUCUUUCUCGAAGAGGACCCUAUGCUGAAAUUUCAUGGGACCUGAAAAAUGGAGAAGAUCACACAUUAUUUUGAAUCUUGAGGCACAACAAUGUGGAUAAUUGAAGCAGUGCAUUGAUUUGAUUGGUUGAUUGAUUCAAUUUGUAUCCCGCCCUCCCCCGAAGGGCUCAGGGAAGCGAACAACAAUAGUUUGAAUACAGGAGGUGGUGAUGGCCACUAACCUGGAUAGCUUUAAAAGGGGCUUGAACAGAUUUAUGGAGGAGAAGUCGAUCUAUGGCUACCAAUCUUGAUCCUCCUUGAUCUGA